GGCUCCCCGGCGCCCGCACCCGCGCUGCGCGAGUCGCUCUCCCGCCCAGGCCCCGGCUGGCUGCGCUCCCCCGGUCCCGCACGCACGCGGGCGGCCCGCCAGGAUGCAGGCCGCGCACAAGGAGCACCUGUACAAGCUGCUGGUGAUCGGCGACCUGGGCGUGGGCAAGACCAGCAUCAUCAAGCGCUACGUGCACCAGAACUUCUCCUCGCACUACCGCGCCACCAUCGGCGUGGACUUCGCGCUCAAGGUGCUGCACUGGGACCCCGAGACAGUGGUGCGCCUGCAGCUCUGGGACAUCGCAGGUCAAGAAAGAUUUGGAAACAUGACAAGGGUCUAUUACCGAGAAGCUAUGGGUGCCUUUAUUGUCUUCGAUGUCACCAGGCCAGCCACAUUUGAAGCAGUGACAAAGUGGAAAAAUGAUUUGGACUCAAAGUUAAGUCUUCCUAAUGGCAAACCAGUUUCAGUGGUUUUGUUGGCCAACAAAUGUGACCAGGGGAAGGAUGUGCUCAUGAACAAUGGCCUCAAGAUGGACCAGUUCUGCAAGGAGCAUGGUUUCGUAGGAUGGUUUGAAACAUCAGCCAAGGAGAAUAUAAACAUUGAUGAAGCCUCCAGAUGCCUGGUGAAACAUAUACUUGCAAACGAGUGUGACCUAAUGGAGUCCAUCGAGCCGGACAUCGUGAAGCCCCAUCUCACAUCAUCCAAGAUUGUCAGCUGCUCCAGCUGUGCCAAAUCCUAGUAGCCUUCUUUGCUGGCAUAUGAUGGAAAUAAUUCCAUUAUCUCAUGUCUCAAUUCUUACCAAUUUGAGUAAAUGUCAGAAUACGGAUACACAUGUGGCAAGCCAAAGAUCUAUGUCUGUAUAUUUCCUAUAAGAGAGGAAAAAUAGCAAAUGUUCUUUUCAUAUUUUUCCCAGCAUCAGCACGGUGUUUACAAGCUUGUUAAAUAUUUAGUCUGUUACAGAGUUCUGUCUUGUAGCCGACCACAGUUCUGGAGGUCCAGCACCAGCCCUGUUAUUUGCUUCUUGGAUUUGGCCAAGGCCUCCGGUCUUAAGGAGAAAGGGGAGAAGAGCAGACUAGCUAUCAAGUUCAGCACCAGCUUUCACUUUGCCCCUGGUGCCUUUGUCCAGAUUUCAAUACACUCUCUGCUGGGCUGACAGGCCUAUUAAGUAGAAACAGUUUUCUGCUCCAGAGAUGACUUCCAUUUCCAACAGCCCUAAGAGUUGUCUCCGAUUUAGCCCCUCAGAGUCGUGUACACAGGCUUCCCAUGCUUUUCUUGCUUUUAUUGUCCCUUGCCAUGUCCUGAAUGAUGGUUUAACUGAAAAGUGUGUGAAAAGACCUGCCUCCAAAUGUGCCUUUCUGUUCGCUUUCUCUGACUUAAGCCAUGAGGCUCUUCUGUUCAUGUAAUAUAUAUUAUAUAUAUUUUCACAAGUGGAAAAUAAAACAUUACAAGAUGCUUUUUCCCUAUUUCUGAAAA